AUGAGAGCAGAUGCGUGGGACGAGACGGCGUUCAAGGAGUUGCUGAUCCCGGUCGUUAUCAGAUUCAUCGACAAAGAGCCCGCAGUCGAUGUAGAAAGAGAGACCGUACUAGGAACGCCCGUUAUCCUUCGAAGGCUGAAUCGACGAUUUUCAGAUACCAAACAAGAACUCGAACUCGUUGAACAAGACACUGCUGUCUAUUGGAAGGAUGUUGCUCGCAGAUUUGGCACAAGUUACGGAAGGAUCAGCGGAGAGGUAUAG